AUGGCGUUCUUAAACAAGGUUAAGAAUUUGUUUCGUGCGAAUACGACGGAGGCGAAACUGCCGAGUUACAUACAGAACAAUGUGAACCCAAGAGACCACUGGAACAUUAUUGGAGAGCUCGGCGAUGGAGCAUUCGGGAAAGUCGAAAAGGCAGUAUCAAGAACGGAUCCAAAAUUGUUUGCUGCAUCGAAGUCUAUUGAAAUCCAAGAGGGAGAAGAGUUGGAGGACUUGCUGGUCGAAGUGGAGAUCCUCACGGAAUGCAAAGGGCACCCAGUUAUGUUGGGCUUGUACUCAACAUACUUUUUUGAGAACAAAUUGACGUUGCUCUUGGAAUUCUGUGGAGGAGGUGCCGUCGACAACAUCAUCGUGGAGUUGGGUCAUGCACUGAAAGAAGAUCAAAUCCGAUACAUUGCUUACUACGUCUGCGAUGCGUUGAAAUGGCUUCACUCCCAAAAUGUGAUCCAUAGAGAUUUGAAAGCCGGGAACAUCCUCCUGACCAACGAUGGUCAAGUACGACUCGCGGAUUUCGGAGUCUCUGCAAAGUUGAAGAGCGACAGAGAGAAGAGAGAUACUCUGAUCGGUACACCGUACUGGAUGGCACCAGAAGUGAUGGCCUGUGAGACGUUCAAAGAUCAACCAUACGACUGUAUCUCUGAUAUCUGGUCAUUUGGGAUAACUCUAAUCGAAAUGGCUCAAGGCGAACCACCGCAUUCGGAUGUCUCCGUUAUGAGAGUCUACAUCAAAGUGCUGAAAUCAGAUCCCCCAACUUUGCUCCAACCAUCACACUGGACCAGAACGUUCAACGAUAUCUUAGCAAGGUGUCUGGUGAAAGACCCUAGGAACAGACCAUCCGCAGCGACGAUUUUCGAGCAUCCAUGGUUCAACAAUGCUCCGAGCAAAAAGAAAAUGAUCCUCGACCUCCUUGCCGAGAUGAACGCAGAAGUCCAAGAAGAAGUCGUUAUCGAUGGUGAUGAGGAAUCCGUGGCGGGAUCCGACGAGAUAUCACAACGACGUGGUGGAGACAGUUGGAGUUCCGCAUCGGACAGCCCUCGACCAGCGACCACAGAAGGUUUCAAGGUUCCAAUGUUGCCACCAAGUAUCGAGACUCCUCCGCCAGACACACCUCACAAGAAGAGAGCCGCUCCACCGCCACCACAAGAGGCGGUGGCUCAUCAGUCGCCAGUGUUGAAUGGAAAAGCGGAUAGUUCUAGUUAUACAGAGUUCUCCUUCUCCAACAGCAACACGUUUUCCGAAGGGACCGCUGAGUUCUCCACACCAUCCUCCAACAAGAGCAGUGUACAUCUCUCCACCCCCGCUGUCCUUAGUCUCAACACCUCUGGAAGCCCAUCAUCUGCCAACGAGUUUGUUAGCCCACGUCGUGAAGCUCUGAGUAUUCUGGAUGAGCUGACGACAACAUUGGAUGACGAACAGAGCUCGAACUACUUCAACUCGCCACGAUCAACUGGUUCAGCAACUGGUCCCGCACGCGAAUCACCACGUCAAUCACCAAGGAAUUCACCAAGAAAUUCCCCACAAAAAGAGCAAAAAGAGGAUCAAUCAGGCGGACAUUCAAUUCGAGACACAAUUCUAGCAAAUCGCCAAAGAAAGUCGCUGAGCCCACAGUUGAGACAACUAUCACCAUCUGAAUCCGGAUCUUCUUCAUUUGACGAGAACGUGAACCUGUCAUUCCAUAAACUUGAGCCUGCUGAGCACGCUGGAUACAUUGUAGCUCAACAGAAUAUGGAAAGAGCGACGGCGAAGCUUCAAGAACGAGCCGCAGCUAACCUUCGAGCCGCAGCAAGCCUUCAAGCAAAAAUUGAAGAGCGACAGGCGGAGGAAGCGAAAGUGAAGCAACGACAAGUUAGCACGGACUCGUCGGAAAAGAGAAUCAGUCGAUCUUCCUCGCCAAGUUAUUCCGCUGGACAACCAGAAACAGUGUUCAAAAAGCAGUCACAAGAAAUGUCGACAAGCUUCACUGCUCGUGACACACCAUUUGGAAAAUCUGAAUUAACAGUUUCUGCUACAUCGUCUCCUGCCAAGAUCCGACCAUCCCCACAACGAGCUUCCUCGAAUCACUCGGUCAGAACAAGCAACUCGUCUAACUCGAUCCCUCAUCACUCGGCAUCCUCUUCCACUGACUUCGCUGCUACACCAAUUCCAGCGAAUCCCGAGUAUUUCGAUGUGCCGAAGCGUUCUGGAAACCAGAAAGACAAGACGCCACCACCGGAGCCACCAGUUGACUAUGAAGGAAGUGCCAAAGAGAAUGCGGCUCCAGUUGCUGCUGCUACUGCUGCGAAAACGUUACAACCUGCGGAGCCGACUUCAUCUACCUCCAACGCUGCGCAGAAGACAAAUUCCAAACCACUUGGAGGUAGAAGGGACGGAAAUCGGCAGACGAUCACAAAGAAAACCAGAACUUAUAUGAUUGAUGGUGUGCAGGUGACGUCAACAACGGUUCACGUGUUGGGAGUGAAGGAUGACAAAGUUCAGAGAAAACAACAACUCCACGACCUCCGACGUCUUCAGCGAGACGAGGCCCGGCAGAAGCAAGAACUUCAGUCCGAAGGUAUCAAGCUUGUCGACGAGCAAGCCAGAAAGUUUACAUCGGAACAAACCAACUUGACACGAACUUCCGAACUCGAAAUGGACGCUAUGGAACGACGACAACGCAAGGAGAUUGAAGACACUGAAGGUUCGCAGGAACAGGAGCUGAGAAAUGCACAGAAACGUUUGAGAGUUGAACAGGAGAAGGAUAUGCGGGCGUUCAAAGAGCGGUUGAAGCAAGAGAUGAAGAUUUUCAAGCAAGAACUGACGAUGUUAUCCAAAGUUCAACGAAAAGAUGCAUUGAAACAGAGAAAAGAUCAGAUUGAGAUCGAACAUCAACUCAAGGAGAAGGACUUUCUCAUGCAACUCCAGCAGAAUGCGGAAGCGAUGCUCCAACGGAUGGCUGAAAAGCACAAAGAGAGAAUGGCCUCGAUUGAAAAGCAGUUCCUGAUGCAGAAACACAAUUUGCUUCGUGCUAAGGAAAACAACAUUUGGGAGUUGGAAGACAAGCAAAUGAGGGAGAAAUUUGUACUUCAUCGCAAACUAUUCAAAGAUGAAUACUAUCUUCUCCGAACUCAAAUGCUUGCUCGCCACCAACGUGAGAUGGCUCAAAUUGAGAAAAAUCACCAGGAAGAGGAGGAGGAACUCAUCCGAGCUCUUACCCUCGACCGCAAAAAACUCCCAAAGAUGUUGCGUGCAGAGACCAAGACUCGAAGUGUCAUGUUCAAGGAAAGCCUUCGAAUCAGUUCUACAAACAUGUCGAAUUCUGAAAUGCAAGAACGUAUUCGGAGGUUCGAUGAGCAGGAGUCGUUGCGUAUGAGAGCUGCGUUGGAGGAUCAUGAUAUGAAGUCGCAAAAGAAGUUGCAGGCGUUGAAGGAUCGUCAUCAUGCAGCGGUUGUCGAGCUUGAUGAGAUGCAAAACGAGAAGCGCAAGCAACUUUUGGAGAAAGAGCGUAACACGAUGAAGGAGCACGAAGCCAAGUACCAUGAGAUGCGUGAGCUGUGGCAAGAAAACCUCAUUGCUAGAAAGACGGUACUCGAAGAAAAGUUCGAGGACGAACUAUCGAAACAAGAAGUGUUCUACGGAAUGUCCUACACGCCGUCACAGGCAUCCACUCUCUCCGGUCGACACAUGCCCUAG